UGAGCGCGAGCGAGUGAACGCAUCAGCGCUGCUGAAGAAUGAGAGCGAUUCUAAAGAACGGAAGUGGAUCGACCAUUUUGAAACCCCGCAACGCUUUGCACAAUGGAUAAGGGCCAAACAAUAAAGCUCUUCGUAGGAAAUCUGGCCCUGGACACCACGCAAGAAGAACUGUCAGCCAUCUUUGAGGCGUACGGCCAGGUGGUUAGCUGCAGCGUCUUGAGACAGUUUGCUUUCGUACACCUGCAAGGAGAGGGUGCUGCUGAACGUGCCAUCCUGGAGCUCAAUGGACGAGAGUUCAAAGGACGUAACCUUGUGGUCGAGGAGUCCCGAGGACGCCCACUCCAUUCGACAAAGGUGUUUGUGGGUAAUCUGAGUAGUAUGUGCACUACAGAAGAUCUUCGGGAGCUCUUUCAGACCUUUGGGAAAGUUUUGGAGUGCGAUAAGGUGAAAGGUUAUGCCUUUGUGCACAUGGAGAACAAGGAGGAUGCACUGCAGGCAAUUGAGGCUUUGCAUGGGACCUCCUUCAAAGGACGACCGCUCUCUGUGGAGCUGUCCAAAGUUCAGCCAACUAAACAGACUCCAACUGGGAAAAUCCCAUGUGUCAGCUGUGGGAAACAGGGCCAUUAUGCAGGUGAAUGCCCCGCUGGUAAGCCCACGCUGGAGCAGUACCAGAGCCAAGCGGCCGUGUUAGCUGCUGCUGCCGCUGCAGCUGCCGGCCUUCCACUGCAGGUUCAACAGAGUGUCCACAACUCCGUAUACAACACCUCAUCUUUUGACCCCACGUAUGCUGCUUUGACUGGACUUACAGCUGCUGGAGCAAGGGCAGAGGGAGGAACUGCAGUGGCUCCAGCUGUUUAUGGAGCACUAGCUAGUCAAGUGUAUGGAACAGUUUCCAAUCAGAUCUACAGUGGGACAGUUGCAAACCAGGCACUCAACUCUGGUGCUGCUGCAGCUGCCGCACAGAUGUAUGGCUCUGUUAACCCAGCUCUCUAUGGGCAAGUGACAAGUGGUGCAGUUGCAGCCGCUGGUGCAUACGGUCCACAAGUUUACGCGCAUGCUUUAGCAAAUCCAGUGUUCCUAACUGCAGCGCACAGCAUGGAAGUACCGGGAGCUGGUGCUGUUAACCCAGCUUAUACAGUAGCCCCGGCUCUCUACAGCGCUACCCCAGCUUACGGGGCUUUUGGGGCAGCUGACUCAGCAGCUUUCUUUGAGGCAGCAAGGGCGCACUACUUUGCACAAGGCCAGCAAGUGCUAGCAGAACAGCAACAGGCUAGCUCAAAGUCUGGAGAAAGGGACAGGAGUCCGCUUAGAAGAUCUGCCCCACUGUUGCCUGACCCUAUUAUGAAACCAUUAAUGUACCAGAGGGCCAAGCGCAGAGCCUUAUUGCCUACACCUGCGGGUCGAGAGGAAGCCGCUGCACAGGAGGAUGACCCUCUAGCCAGAUACUACGCAGAAUACUACCAGCAGCUGCAGCAGUAUCCACAGUAUCAGUACGCGUAUCCAUCUCCCAACCCUAUUGCAGCAAUGUCUGCACUGCAGACUCUGCCUGGUGUGCCUACUCAGCCAGUGGCAACGCUCGACUCCCUCAGGCCAGUGCCGCCCGCCGCCCCCGUGUCUGCCGCUGCCGCCAUCGCCAUGGCAACACCCCGCGUGUAUGAGCCACCGCCGAUUCCGCCGUCGCACAAGGAACCCCUCCUCCGCCGCCCCGAACUCGCCCUACACACCCCUGAAACACCCUUUCGAUAGUGUGCUCCACAUACUCUCUGCCUCUCCUUUCCUUGUGCUGUGUGUGUGUGUGUGUGUCAGAAAGAAACCACAGGUGUAUGUUUGUGAUGUGUGUGUGCUUGGGUUUAAGAAGGUGGCCGUGUCGGUUUUAACUACAGACUGGAGUUUCUAACCUUGGUUCUGAUCUCAAACACACCCAGUGCAGUCAGGGCUGAAAAGGGAAACUGCAUGCUCUCAUUCCUGCACACGUAACCAAUAUUACAUUGCCUGUUUAAGGAAACUUUCAAUCUAUGACCAAGUAGUUUUCAAGUGUAGAUUAGGCACUUGCCAUGAUGCAUUUAAACUUUUAUAUUCCUAAGUGUUUGUAGUUUAUGAAUGAACACUGGACUUAAUACUAAAUAUUGCUUGAUUAUAGUUAUAUAAACUUUACCAGUUUGCGCAUCGAUACAGUUAUUAUGAAAUUAGAUUUCAAUGCAUUUAAUAAAUGUUUAAAUAAAUUGAACGUAUGUAUGUUUACUCCAAAGGUGUGUGAAGUGUAGGACCAGGGUUGGACAGUAUUUUACGUCUUUGUUUGUUUCUUGUUUUUCUCUUGGACUGUGGUGUAGCGUGUAUGUUUUCCAUUGGUUGUCACGACAGGAACGCACAUGUGUACUCCUGCACAGGGAAGCAACCUCGAUCUACACGCACAUACUUACACCUCAAAUGGGAAAAAGUUUAGUGAUGACCUUUAACCUCACCCGUUCCAUCCCUGUCCACCCAUCCUGAAAGCUGAAAGACACUGUGACUUCUCUCCCCUACACCUUUAAUGUAGCUACUUCCAUAGAUAUGGUGAUGUAUGGGAAACGACCAAUCAGAGGAAGGUGUAGCUAGUCAGCUUUUGCUGUAAUCUGUUUUAUAGGAGCGUCUCUAAACUCGCCAGCUUAACUGCCAUGAUGCAUUGUAGAAACUGUUUUUGUAAAGUGUCUUUUUUAAUGCUAUCAUGUUUUUAUAAACAAUGAUAAGGGACUCAAGUAUACAUUUAAAGAGACAUACUACUUUUGAUUGUUAAUUUUUGUUUACAUCUGCAAGAGAGAAUGUGUUUUUCUUGUGGCUUACUCAAAUUGAUUGUUUAUAGCCAAAAUUCUCUCAUUUUUUUCUAGAAAAACAGCCAAAAUCAUUAGUGGCCUAUUAUUCUUAUGCCUUAUGUAUUACAUUUUUGCUACUUUUUAUCUGUAGGCUUAUUAAGUGAAACUGGAUUGAGACUAAAGUGCUGUAUAUUCUGUGGUACUGUGAUUUGGGAUUAAAUGAAUUUGGAGAUUCCUAUCAGUUUCUUUCAGUCUUCCUGCUGCAACUUCAUAGAUGACCCUCAAUGCAUCUCUCUUCAUCUUUGCAUCUGCCUCUCAUUUAGUGACAGCAUUUCAUUCACUUACCACACCCCUGUUAGCACCCAUGUGCUGAAGAUGUCAGUGUGUGAAUGUGAUCUUGGAAAACGUAUUACUUCAACAUUCAUGUUUGUAGUUUCUAUCAUGGUACCGUUCUUGCCGCCGGUGUUCUCAGAAGAGAAGACUUUAAAGAUCUGUACAUGAUCUUUACGACUACUACAAGCCUUCAAAUAAAGAGCCUGCCUGAUCAUUUAAAGAGGGAACUGGAGAGCUUUUGCUAGGAGCUUUAGAUGUUUUUUGCUUUUUGAUGUUUCAUAAUUGUUUUUCCUUUGUGAAACGACCAGACUCGUAUGAAUCGGAGCCCUGAAAGGAAGCUAAAGGACUUGAGACUGAUCCCAAUCUCACCCCUCUCUAUGAAUGGGGUAAGUCUAGGAGCAACCCCAUUCUUUACCCCCCAGCUGCACACACCAUACCAAACCCCUUUCCCAGGAGCAGCAAAAUCUUCAACCUAGCUUUUGGUAUGUUUUAACCACACAUAGUCCCCAUUCAGCUUCUUUAACCGGAUUGUGGUACAUUGAUGACUUACUUUCCUUGACAUAAAUUUAUGAUGCAAGCAUAUUGUAAAACACAUUUAUGUCUUAGGAGGCACCCACACUUUAAAACCUUUUUGCAUUUCCUUUACUUGUAUGGGAUGGGGCUUCGCUCACUUCUGCUUCCAUUGUGCAUGUUUUUUUUUUGUUUGUUUGUUCACUUCAAAAACAAAUGCUUUCUAAUGUGACUGUUCCAACUGAACUAGGUCCCUAUGGAUCUGUGGACACCUAAUGCAGAGCUGGUUUGGGGGGAAGAAAGUUAGCAUCGCGAAAUGCACUGGAAACUCUCUCUCACUCUAUACAGGUAAACGUACUGUGCCUCGCCCCCUUCUACCUGCCGUCGUUCCCAAUAGCAUUUGCCCCUGACCGUGUAUCCGCUCUAUUUCUCCUCACCACCACCCCACACUUCUUGUAAAUUCCUCACUUUUCCUCACCACUGCCAUAGCCAAUUGGUUCUCUAAACACCAGUGUUAUACUACUCUCUGUCACUGCCAAAAAUGGAGACGGUGGGGGUGACCAUUUAUUGCUUCUGUGAUUAGUGUGUCUCGUUAAUGUGUGGGUGCUUGGUGCUCUAAUAACUGAUCUGUUAGUUUAGUUUUGGAGAGACUGUGGUUAUAAUGUGUCCAUAAGCAAUUGAAUGUGUGGAAUUGCUGGUCAAUAAUUGAAAGACUGCAUAUAAAGUGAGUAAGUUAGCAAGGGUGGCUGAUAAAGGUGUGUGACAAAGGUGAUUGAUUGUGAAUCAGUAUCGUCGACCUCACCUCCCCCCACCCCCCUCCUCCAUGUACCUUUUUGUUUGUUUACAUGAUUUAACGCGUGUCCCCAGGCUUCCUGGAGUCUACUCGCCGUUAACGCUCAGUUCACCGCCGCCCUCGUCGAAUCCCCAGUGAUAGUUGUUACAUUUGUUCAGUGUUAAUCGCUGCUUGAAUGCAUUCUUGAAAGCUCUGUGACUGGAUCCGAGACACUGGGCAAAAUUUUAUUCACAAGACUCUCAUUUGGACUCAGUGACACUGAUAGCCAUUAUUAAGCAUUGCUUGACUGCAACCCAGCAAAGCAUUGUUAUUAUAAACUUCUGCUUUUGUUUCCUAGAUUGACAACAAUUCUUAAGUGGAAGGCACAAUCAUCCCAAAUUGAUUUGGUUUUUGUUUGUCAGAUGAAAAAGCAAUCUACUUUAAAUUAAUCUGAAAGCUGCCUUGUGUUACCUGUUUAAAUGAGAGUCUGUUACAAUAUUUGUGUUUGCAAUAGCCGAGUGUACGAUAAGUAGGUGGCACAGAUUUAGAUCGCCUACCUGGUUAAAUUACAUACCUGGUAGAAGAAUGUCCUAGAAAACAAGCAGCUUCAACCGGGGUUUGGGGGGGGGGGGGGGCUGCUGGGGAAGACUGCUGAACCUGAGAUGCCUGAGGGAUACUUACAAGACCUUUCCUCCAGAGGGAGCAUGGUAGUUUGUUUGGUCUAUUUCACUAGAAGGUGCUGUUGUUCUUGAUCUUACUUGCUUUUUCUGAUGAUGUAGCAUCUUCACAUACAUUGUCACACACAUCUGCAUUUCUUCUUGUAUAUAGUGUUUGUUUAACUUUGCCUGUAUAAUUGAGGGGAAAGGAAUGAGAACUCCGUUUUAGAUCUUAUUCUGGAGGAAAAGGAACUGUCCAGUAGCUGUUACUCCCAAUGUUAGUGGUAUUAAGAUCUUUGACUUGCAGAUAUUUGUGGUUGACAGAUUUCCGUGAUGUCCGUAGCAUCCGUUGAUGAUGAAAGAUGUCUGCGGGAGAUAUUUAUCAGAGGUAUACAGAAUCUUGUUCCUUACAUGUGGUUCUUGGUUCGUAAACAAUUCACUUACAGUAUUGUUCAAAAUAAUAGCAGUACAA